AUGAUGGAAGACAAAACCAACAGCUGUGUUAUAAUAGAAGAGAAGGAAAAGGUGCAUCUCAAAGUUGAGAGUGAAAUUGAAAAACUCAGUGAAGCAGAAGAAAAGGCCAAGGUGGAACUUAAACUGGAAACAAAAUCAAUAGUGAAAGACGAGACAAAACAUGAAGAAAGCAAUGACACGAAAACGCAUGAGCAGGAGAAAAGCGGUGAAGCUGAAGAGCAUGUAGGCGAAGAUAAAAAGAAAGACAAAAAGAAGAAAAAAGAGAAGUCCGAAGACAAAUCUGAUGAGGAACUGAAAAAGGGCAAGGAUGAGAAAGAUGAAAAGGACAAGAAGAAUAAAAAGGAGAAUAAAGAGAAAGACAAGGGGAAAAAUAUAGAGUCCGAGCAGGGGAGUGGGGAGGAUGAGGAGAAAAAUAAGCUUAAAAAAGAGAAGAAGAAAAAAGAUGAGACGGAUGAGGAGGGGGAGGAGAAGAAGAAGAAGAAGAAGGAAAAGAAAGAUAAAAAGGAUAAAAAAGUUGAAUCUGAAGGGGAAAAGCAACACAUGGAUGAAGAAAAGGAAGGGAAAAAGAAAGACAAGAAGAAAAAAGAUGAGGGAGACGAGAAUGAAAAAGAAAAAGAAAAGAAGAAAGAUAAGAAGAAAAAAAACAAGGACAAGAAAGAUGAAGAAGUUGAUACAGUAGGCAAAAGGGAUUUAGAUGGAGAGACUAAGGAGGAAUCCGGGGACGAGAAGAGUGAAGGUAAGGACAAGGAAAAGAAGAAAGACAAAGAAAAGAAACACAAGGACAAUAAAGAUAAGAAAAGCAAGGAAAAGACUGAUAAAGAGUCGGAAGAAGAAAGGAGUGAGGAAAAUGAUGAUGGAAUAGAGAAAAAGAAGAAAAAGAAGGACAAGAAAGAGAAGAAAGGAGAACUCAAAGACAAGUAUGGUGCUAAGGAUCUCGACAAGAUGAAACAAAAGCUGGAGAAAAUCAAUGGCAAGAUUGAAAGUCUUGUCGAGAAGAAAGCCGACAUCAUGAGGCUGAUAGAAGAGGCUCAGAACAAGAGCCAUAUUGUCGAUGCCAAGGUGACUGAAGAAGUAAAAGAGGGUGAGGUCAAGGAUUCUAGCUGCAGUUAA